GUUUCUAGUACGAUCUAUCAUUUGUUGUAUCUCGCUCGUCACCUGGCUUUGUGGACAAACUAGAGCACACCAAUCUGGUUAAGUUUAUGUUUAUUUCUCCGUGUUUUAUAAGCCAUCUUAUUUUCCUAUCUUAAUACGUCUUAUUUUUGUGUGUAGGAUGAACUGUUGGCCCCCGUUGUGAGAUCUUAUGAUCAAAAUCAGCUUCCUUAAAGGCCUAUAAAUCAAGGGACUUCAAAGUGUGUUGUAGAGGAAGAGAAAAGUGAUAAUGCGUGAUAUUGAGGGUCACUUAGUUUUUUUCAAUACCUAGAGACAACUUAAGUAAAUAUGAUAAUGAAACUGUCUUUUUAUAAAUAAAAAUAAUAAUACUUCUCUUUCUUUCAGGUAGAAAGAGCAAUGAAAUAACAGUAUUAAGUCUUGGCCUCCCUGAUUCCGGAAAGACAACAGUUGUAAAUCAAUUGAGGAUGAACACAAGUCAACUGAGGACCAAGUACACCUUUCUUGACCCUUGCAAUGGUGACUUUUUGGAGAACAUUAUCAAGGAGAUGUCUUAUGCCAACUAUGCUAUAUUAUUUUUUGUUAAUGAUUUGUAGGUUACUAGUUAUUUUGCUUUUUUGUGAAGGUGGAUCUUCUAUCAUAUCCAAAGUUGGAGUAUUAAGGCGUUAAAAACCAUAUCCAGAACCACAUGGUGUAUAUUGGCUUUGAAGAAAGGAAAGUUCAAAUUCUGCCGGUUUUAUUAAUGAAUGGUGAUACCAUUUUAAGGAAGCCUAACCAUUAUAACUCGUACACUAGAUCAACCUUGAUGGAAACACUUUUACGGUUAAUUCUACCAUUAUCCAAUGAUCCUUCUUUAGAAUUGGUUUUGCAUGGAUGAGCGAACAUGACUGAGAAUGUUGCUACAAGUAUGGUGCAUCACGAAAAGUUGGUGUUAAGUGAUGAUGUAGUAUUUUGUCCAGGGAGUUAGACGUCGUGUGUGGAUGAUAGAUAUUGAUAUUACAUGUGAAGAAGAUGAGAGGGUGGAGGAGAUACACUAAAUGGAAAGUGUAAAAUUUAAGUUGAGAACUACUCUCGAAGGACUGCCCAAACCAGAAACUAUUGUCUCUUCUUUGACACAAAACCCAACUCCCAGCAAGAGAUGCUGAGGUUUUCAAGGCCUAAUUUUUUGUUAUAGAUGAGUUAAUUAGGGCAGGAUACUUGGAGUACGAGUUGUGGUGUCAUAUGGCUGAGACGAAAGUAAUCUUAGAAAUAAUUUGCAAUGUUAUUGAUAGACAUACGGGAAGACCGCCAGCUAUAAAUCCUAAAAACAGCAAUCUUGUAACUCCCAGCAAAUGUUUCCAAGGUCAGAACAUUGUUGUUUCUAGGAUUCAUAACUGCUAAUCUCCCCGUACGCCUAUCAAUAACAUGGCAAAUUUUUUCUAAAAUUACUUUGGUCUCCGCCAUAUGAGACCACAAGUCAUACUCCAAAUAUCCAGCCCUAAUUGAUUCAUCUAUAACAAACAACCGUGCCAUGAAAACUUCAGCAUCCCUUGCUGGAUUUUGCAUAAGAGAAGAGAUAAUUGUUUCUUGCUUGGGCACUCCACCAAGUGUAGAUCUCAACUUAAACUUUAUAAUUUCCAUUGAGUGCGCCUCUUGCACCCUCUCAUCAUCACAUGUAAUAUCAUCCACACUCGAAGUCCAACCCCUGGACAGAAUACAACGUCAUCCCCUAUCUUCAACUUCCCGUGAUGCACCUGGCCUAUUGCUAAAUUCUCAACCGCACUUGCCCAUCCAUGGAAAACCAAACGUAAAGAAUCAUUACAUGAUGGUCGACUUAACCGAAAGAUUGUUUCCAUGAGGCUUGAUCCAGUGUACCAAUGAUAAUGCUUAGGCUUCCUUAGUAUGUUAUCCCCUUCACUUAAUGAAAUCGGAAGAAUGUGAACCUUCCUUUCUUCAAAUCCAAUGUAUACUAAAUGGUUCCGGAUAUGAUUUUUAACGGCAUGAUACUCCAACUUCGGAUUUGAUAGAAGAUCCACCUUCAAAAAAGCGGAAUAAGCCUCAAGCCAUGCAUUGUCAUUAUUGGAACGCACGAGGUUACAAGGAGGUGAUCAUGGAGAAAUCAAGUCUCAACAAGAAGAGCACAAAGAGUAUGAGAUGAUGCUGGUAAGGGAUGACGAGGGUGAUGGAGAGGAUUUGGAGUUUUGGAGACGAUAAUGGAGUUUUGUGUCGGUGUAGAAUACCUAAACUUUCGUGCUACGUGCAAGCAAUGUCACUUAGCAGCACCUAUGAUCCGAUGGAGUAAGGGAGGGCAGUUGCACAACGAUUCAUUAGCUUCACCGUGGCUGAUGAUGUUGGACAAGGAUCGAGGCGUUAUCUCUUUUACUUAUACGAGGUUUGGUUACAAGUACUUAAUAAAGACACCUCGUGAAUUCAUUGGUGAUGUGGAGAUACACUGUUCCAUGCAUGGUUGGCUGCUGAUACGUAGACGUAAACAUGACGAACCCCUGAUGUUCUUUAACCCCUUCACAAAUGAUAUGCGUCAGCUUUUGUUUCUCGGCACCACCUACUUCCUCCCAUUGUAUGGUUAUUGGAUUCACAACACGUAGUGAAUGGAAUGUUUACAUCCACUUUGUAGCUCAAGAACCUUCUUGGCGUAGAUUUCGUCUGAUAAACUUUUGCGGUGAUGCCUCACACUGCUUCCAUUUUGCAACACACUAGCGCCGAAACCUCUAUGCUGUGUAUAACAUUGGAGGACUUGCUUUCAUAGAUACAGAAAACCAAGAUUACACUGUGCAGGAAAGCCCAAGUAGUUUGAGAUGUACCAAACAAAAUUUCCUGAUGAGACGUGAUCAACACCUUUUACUAGUUGUUGCGAGCGAGUUUGGAGAAUCUGUUGAGGUGUUCAAGCUAAAUGAUUCAAGGGAAUGGGAGAAAGUAGAGAGUUUAGGAAGGCACGCAAUUUUUGUUUCUGGCAAGGCAUGCCUAUGCGUUGAAGCCAAAUCGCCAGAAAUGGAAAACAAGAUCUACUUUUCGCGCUUGCAUUCUGUGAACAGCAAGAUUGUUUUCUAUUCUCUCGAAACAAGACGGUACCACACAUGGAAUGUCGAGGAAAGUUUUGGGGAUUUCAUGGGAACAAAGCAUAAUCUCAACCCACAUGUGUGGAUUGAACCUAGUUGGUCUUAGCCAUAGAGAAGAGCAAAGAGAUUGGGACUGAAAAGAUCGACUGGGAAAGAUUGGGAGCAAAGUGGUCCUUAGGACUGGUGCGGUCUUAGACCGGUACUCUCAUUUGGUCCUCUAAAUUGAGGGAAGGACUAGACUAGACCGGUCCCGAACUUGUGAUCUUUUGUAAAAAGACUAGAUCGGGGCCGAAUUAGGACUAGUUUUCAGAAUGGGAACAAAGCAUCAUCUCGGGCCGCGUGUGUGGAUGGAACCAUGUUGGACUUCGGUAGCGUUUCAUUAUAUUAUGCAUGCAUUGUUACCACCACCACUGACUGCCUGCCUUGUCACAUUUAUCCAUUUUAACUAUUCAAUACACAAAUGUUUUUUUG